UCAGCAGCCAGGCAUCUGGAGGUUGAGCCGACGAAAGGUGCCUCACCCUCAGGGUCCGCACAGCACAAGUACCAGACGCAGAAUGUCAGGGCCCAGGAAGGAAAUGAUUGCCAAGGCAGCCUGGGAGACAGCCCUACACGAUUCCCAGCGCUUUGAACUUUUCCCUCCACUGCAGCAUCAAUACGUAACAGAGUACAAGCGACAGUUCAACCCACGCCAACCACCCCUGCAGGAUACGGAAAUGAAGCCUUUAGUGGGCCCAAGAGGGAAAAUCACAUUUUGCGACUGUCACCAUUGGCAGAAAACAGUUUACGUGGAUGCUCCGAUCGAGAGGCGAUUUCGACGCAACACCAAAUUCACCACCCCGAUUCCAGGCAGACUUUAUCGGCAGUGAAUUUAUAUAUCGUGGAGUUCAAAUAAAAAAGUGAUAUUCAUG